AUGACUUCUGCAACGUCGGUGAAGGAGGCAAUCGCUCGCUUCGAGGAGGCGGAGUACCGUCGCCGCACCAGUGAGAUGUCAGAGGAGGAGAAGGCGAAUGCUCCGCGAGUUGUGGCCGCGGAGGAGCCUAGAGUCUUGCUCAUUGGGAUGCUGCCUCCGAUUGUGAAGAUGGACAAGGACAUAGCCACUCUUGUUAACUGCGAACAUCUUGGACUUUCCACCAACGGCAUUGAGAAGAUCGGGCCCGGUCUGAGGGAGCUGAAGAAACUGAAGAUACUCUCACUUGGACGCAACGUGAUUCGUAAGAUUGAGCAGCUUGAUAUCCCACAACUGGAGCAGCUGUGGCUCCGAGUAUGUGACGGUGCGUCAUGCCAGUCUUUGUGGCCUCUGCCGCGAGAGGCUGGGGGCCGAUGCGGGUCGUCGUGUGGCACGCGACCGUCUGGCCCAGCUGGCGGCACUGGAGCCACUGGGCGUUGUUCCACCGCCUCUCUCGGAGUCUUGGCCGCCUGA